GCUCUCCCGCCCUCCCUCCGGAGACACGAGCCGAACUGGGCGUCAGGUCGGGGAGCCGGUCGGGUUCCCGCUCGCCGCCGCCGCCGCCGCCCCCUCCGCAGCGACUCUCCCGCCUCUCCAGUCGCGCUGGUCGCGGGAGCUGCAUCGACAACUCUGCUCGGCUGUGGAGCCGCCGGCCCGAGAGUACAGUGCCCGGGACGCGACACACCGAGCCCCUCAUCAUCUCCAGUCGGGGCGACCCCUCCCGGGUCCGCCCUCGCCCUACGCGGCCGCCGGAGCCCCCGGCCCCGAGCGGCCCCGCGGCCCGGCGCCCGCAGCUCGGCCCCAGCACUCCCGCUGUCGCCGCCCCCCACCCUGAACAUGGACUCCGACUCCUGCGCCGCCGCUUUCCACCCGGAGGAGUACUCCCCCAGUUCCAAGAGGCGCAGGACCGUGGAGGAUUUCAACAAGUUCUGCACCUUUGUCUUGGCCUACGCAGGCUACAUCCCUUAUCCAAAGGAGGAACUCCCUUUGAGGAGCAGCCCCAGCCCUGCAAAUAGCACUGCUGGUACCAUUGACAGUGAUGGCUGGGAGGCUGGUUUCAGCGACAUCUCGUCCACCGUGCCCUUGCCAGUCUCUGACCGCUGCUUUGGCCACCUGCAGCCCACCCUCCUGCAGCGAGCCAAGCCCAGUAAUUUCCUGCUGGACAGAAAGAAGACCGACAAGCUGAAGAAGAAGAAGAAGAGGAAGCGAAGGGACAGUGAUGUGCCCGGGAAGGAGGGCUACAUGGGGGGUUUGCUGCAGCUGGAAGCCGCCGACCCAUAUGCAGAGACCCCCACGAGCCCUACCCUGCAGGAUAUCCCCCAGGCCCCCGGCGACCCUUGUUCGGGCUGGGACUCCGACACUCCUUCCAGUGGGUCUUGUGCCACGGUGUCACCGGAUCAGGUCAAAGAGAUAAAAACUGAAGGCAAACGGACUAUCGUCCGGCAGGGCAAGCAGGUGGUGUUCCGGGACGAGGACAGCACCGGCAACGAUGAGGACAUCAUGGUGGAUUCAGACGACGACUCCUGGGACCUCGUCACCUGCUUCUGCAUGAAGCCAUUUGCUGGCCGCCCCAUGAUAGAGUGUAAUGAGUGCCAUACCUGGAUUCACCUGUCCUGUGCGAAAAUCCGGAAGUCCAACGUUCCGGAAGUGUUUGUCUGCCAAAAGUGCCGGGACUCCAAGUUUGACAUCCGCCGUUCCAACCGGUCCCGAAUGGGCUCCCGGAAGCUGUUUCUGGACUGACUGCUGGAGAGCAAGCAGACUGUGGGCGAGGAAUCGGAAGGGACGAUGGGCCUGCUGGCCCUGGUCUUAGUUGAGCACAGAACUCUCAGCUCUGGUGCGGGCAGACCCCUGCCAUUCAGGUGCCUAAGCGAAAGGACCAGCUGUCCAAGGUAUAAACUGUACAUAGCCAGUGACUGAAUAAAAUCCUCGUUGGCCAAAGCUGCUGCUAGAGCUGUGUUCUCUGCAGUGGAGGUGGACUACACACCCAAGCGCAGUGGGUUUGGUCCAGCUGAAGAUGAGGGUACGUGGUAGUUGUGAAUUCUUACUCUCAUUGUUAACAAACUCCCGCCAAUUGGAACAAGUGCUAGCUGUUACUCCUGCUUCCGCUGUGUUGGCGAGAGGAGAUGUUCAGUUUCCCCGGCCUGUUUAUGAACAGCCAUACCUGUAAGCUUCUUCUCGAGUGUAAGUCUUUUAUCAUAGGCGUCUGUACAGCAACCAUCAAAGCUGCCCCUCCCUUAGUGGUCCGCCCUCUCCCCUGCCUUGGGGGCUGCCCGCUGGAGUCCUCUGGUCUCACCCUGAGAGGAGCCUGGGGGUGGGCUAGCUAGUGACCCCCAGGUUUCCUUCUGUUUGUUAAAAGGAACAGUAUGCAGCUGCUUCUCUGCGGAAAGGGGGGUCGGUUCGGGGGGCGGUCAAGGUGGCCCGUGUUCAUAACUCAGUUUCCUGUUUUGCACGAUGUAAAAAAAACCUGUCUUUUUGCACGAAAUAGCCAAAAGUAUUGGUAUACUUCUGCCUUGGGUUCCCUUUCUCUCCAGUUGGCUUCUGAGGGCCUUGGGGGUGCCCAGCAAGCUGUUUUCAAGCGAGGGGGCACUCGGAUUCUCUCCUUGUCUCUCUCCCUCACUUUUUUCUAGUAGCAGCAUUAAAGGUUAGGCAGUCACUGGGGAACCAUGUUCCUCUACAUAGAGGGGUAAGGGAAAAUUGGGAGGAAGGCUUCUCCCACGGGUUUUUCUUAGUAUGCCCCUCAUACAGGCUGGCCUGUUGGUUGCAUGGGGCAAGGUUAGGACUUUGAAGCCUUUCUUUUGGUUUGAAGUGGUGAGUGAGUGAUAUGGUAACAUCAGUCUCCAGGAAUGUACCACUGAACUGUGCAGAGUUCCUUAGGUCUAAACUAGGACCCUGGACUGGGGAGACCCCUGUGCAGGCCAGCUCUGGAGAAGCCUGGGAGUUUGGAGCCCCUGCAGGCCUUUGCUUGAGGGCAGUGUGGUCCGGGACACUGGUGGUUCUGGGGCUCGAGGGAGAGGGAGGGCUUCAGCUUUCUCUGAAGUUGACAUUGCUCUUUAGCAGUUCAAAUACUUGUUCUCAAAAAUGUUUUUUUUUGUUAAAAAAAAAGUUCUUUUAUAAAUUGAUCGGUAUGUUUUCAUAAACAUCGUUUCCUAUAAAGCGUGAAAAGGGAAGGAUGCCCAAGUCAGUCAUAUUUAUUUACAUCUAGAUGGACUCUCAAAAAAAGGAAGUAGGAAAAAAAAAAAAAGAAAAAAAAAAAGAUGGACCCUCAGCCUCUCUGCUGGGGGCUUCUCCACGUGGUCCCCUUGUGCAGGGCCACCAGGUGAACUUGGUCCACAUUCUCACACUGAAGCACCAGGGGGGUUGAACUGUAACUGGCUAAUCAGAGCCUAUAUUUUGUCCUAGUAUCUUUCAUGGUUGGCCAGCCAACUGCCUUUUUGUUUUAUUUUUAAUUCUGUUGCUUCUAUUAACACAAAAAUAGAGAGAGUUUCUGAAACCCAUUUUAUUGUGUAGAUCCCCAAGGGAGAAGUUCUGCUGUAGAGAAAAAUAGUAAGAAGGUGGCUUAGAAACAUCCUUCUCCUCAGACAACUGUCUGGCUCUGACUAGGGCAAACGUCCAGGAAAAGCUGGAGAGGAAUUUGCCAAAGAUCUGCCCCAUGACAUUGCCUGUCCCGUGUCUUCACCAUGAGAGUAGCCAAAGUUUCAAAGUGUUUCUCUCUUUAAAGAAAAAAACAAAACUCCGCAAAGUUUUGAAAGUGUGUUUAAGAAUAGGUGUGAUUUUAGAGUGGAACUGCCAACCCUGGCAAUUGCUGUAUUGCUCUUAGAAGAUUCAAUUCCUGGUGACGCCUCUGGAAGGCAUUUAAUAUUCAUCUCCAUUUCUGUUUCCUUCAUUUCCUUUUUGUUCUUUUGACAUGUUUACCCCUGUGGCUGGUGUCUAAGAAGUCAAGACACCUUGGUUUUUCUGUUAGAGUGAGCUGGGCAGCUGCAAUCAGCAUUAUGCAAAUUAGAUACGGCCCAUCUAGGGGCUCCUGGUUGGAGGCUAAUGGAGUAGGGGGAGGGAAAGUUGUCACCCCAAAAGUAGGCCCCUCCCGUUGGCUUUGGCCAGGCCAGACACUUAACAUCGUUUACAUGGUUCUGCGUAAUUAUAAAGCUUAUGUGUAUAAAGCGAAGCUGUUUCUGUGAAACUGUAUAUUUUGUAAAUAAAUAUAUUGCUACUUUGAGGUUCA